CGCAAUUAUUCUUUGAAAAUAUUUGUCCCAGCCAUAAGCCUUGUGCAUCAGAGCUCACGUCGAUUAUCCUUCCUUAAACCCACCGACUUCUCACGUCGUCUUCAGCCGAAUUUAGCUUUCGGGGUGGUGAGCGUUGCUUCGGAAGACUUUCAGAGCUAGCCCCGCCCAGCCUAGGGUUUCUUCUUCUGAUAAGCAAGAAUAUUGAAUUCGAUUUCUCCUUAUUCGGUAACGAUGGAGAAAGCAGAAAUCGAAGCCCCCAAACCCUCAGAAACGCCUCUUUUCUCUUUCACUCGCUGUCGGUCACACCUCAAGAGUGAUACUUACACUACUCUUGUUCGAAUCCUAUCUCAUUGUUAUGAAAAUUCUCAGCUUCCUUCGGCUGUUCAAGUUCUACAUCCGGAGCUAAAUUCAGAUUAUGGCAGUGAUGAAUUGGAGCAAGCGACUGGGAAAGAAGUCUGUGAGAGUUCUGAAUUGGUCGGUCCUAAUAGAAUGGAGCCCCCAAAGUUGGCAACUCAGAAAGAGACAGAAUCUGAUGAGAGUUCUGAAGUUAUUGGUGUCCAAGACCGAGGGUUCAGUGAUGCACAACAUGUGGGGAUAGAUGAGAUAGAGAGAAAAAUGGCUAUAGAAGAAAACGAGGAUUUGUCAAAAUGUAUGGACGUGACCUUUGAUGAGAGCGCUGAUGGGAUUGGCCUCCAAGAUAGAAGAUUUUGUCCAGAAAAAUUUCUAAAGGAUGAAUUAGAGCGUAUCGUGACAGCCAAUAAAGAACCUGUAAAUGGAAAUGGUAUUAACCCCCCAACCGCAUCAUCGGACAAAAACCAGGGCAAUAGUGAUAAUGCUACAGUGAUGAAUACCCAAGCAGAACAUAUUGCAUGUCAGGACAUUCUUAUGGAGAGAGAUGAGAAUGAAAAAAAGAAUACCGAUGCCUUUAAUUUGUUAUUAGAUAAGAACGUGAUUGGUGAAGUUCUAGAACCUAUAGAGAAUGGUAAAGAUAAGGCCUUAUCCUCGAAAACUAAUUCAUUUGAUAUAAAGUACGAAAUGCAGCAGAUGGACAUUGAAAUGGUGAAAUCAGUUUCUUCCAGCCAUGCAAAGAAUUUCCACACUCCUAUUACCAAGGAUACAGAAAUUGAGAAGGGAAUAUGCUCUACUCAAAAUAUUUCUGAAGCCUUUGACUUGUCUUUAGAUAAAGAUAUGUUCGGCGAACCUCCAAAACGAAGUGAGAAUAUGGAUGGGGAAAGUUUCUUUCUGAAGACUGAUGUGGUCCAAUCAGAGAAUGAAACCCCUCAGGCUCAGACACAAUUGGAGAAAUCAGUUCAUAGUAGCAACUCCUUGAAUUCUCCCAAUCAUAUGGCUGAAGAUGGAGACGUUGAAGAGGGAGAAAUUUCUGGUGACUAUGGAACAGAUGACAAGUCAUUGGAUAUGUUUUCGGAAGAUGCUAUGGUGUCAGGGGAGAAUAGUGUAGAUGACAUGCAAAUAUCUCUAGAUGUAUUUGAUAAGAAAGAGUUCCACCACAAUGAACUGAAUAGCGCAAAAGGAAAAGCUAUUGAGUUCACUUCCUUUAAUGUGGACACAGUUGACAAUGCUAACAAUAAUAGAGAAGUUGAACCAGAGGAAUGCAAUAGAAACGAGAUGACACUUAGACCUGAAAUGAGUUUUCACCAAAAACCUAUGAAAGCUAAAAUGGCAGAUAUGCAUGACAUUCUGCUAGAGGAUGGAAAAAAUAGAAAGAAAGGUGGAGCCGAGGAGGGUGGUUGUCCUACACCAGCUUGUCCCAGUGAUCUAGAAUCGCAUGCACAGAUUUCACCAAAAAAUACAACUGAUUCCCACAAAAUCACAUCUACAGAGGAGCAACAUGCUAAUUCCAGCAAAAAGAAAAAGCGGGGCCCUCUUUCUAAAGAAAAGAAAGAAAAGAAAAAGCUAAAAGAACGAAAGAGACGAGCAGAAAAGAACAGAGAGCUUGGUGUUAAAAGGUUGAAACUAUAUCCAGUGUCAAAACCAAAAACUGUGACAUAUUGCCGCCAUUAUCUCAAGGGAAGGUGCCACCAGGGUGACAAGUGCCAGUUUUCACAUGAUAUAGUACCAUUGACAAAAUCUACGCCCUGCAGUUAUUUUGCACGCCACUCAUGCAUGAAAGGAGAUGACUGUCCAUUUGAUCAUCAGCUCUCGAAGUAUCCCUGUGACAAUUAUGUGAAAGGUUUCUGCAGCAGAGGUGAUGCUUGUAUGUUUUCACACAAGAUACCAACCAAGGAAGAUUCCACAGCUCCUUCGAAUUAUUGCACGCCUGAGUUGAAGACUCCAUCCUCACUGGCUAAGAAAAAUAUUAAGAAGCAACUGAACAUUGUGGGUAGCUCCGUGCAGAAUGAUGCCUUCUCCAACUCCACAGGGGCACAUCCUCCCACAAAUGUGAAGACUCUUGUGAAACCAUCUGCAGUUGCACCCAAACGAAUCAGCCGCCUCCCUCCUGCUGAGAAAUCUCCAGUGGUCAAUUUUAGUAUGCUUACACAAGGAAGCUUCUCUCCAAGUAGCAAUGGGAGAGCCAAAGUUGGGAAUCUGGCAAUCCCGAGUGCAUCAGACACAUUUCAAAAAACGGCUGAGAUUCCAAAUAGAACUUCACUGAGUGGGGUACCAAAGGGAAUAAACUUUCUCUCCUUUGGAAAAGCUCCAUUGGAUGAUUCUGUUGGUAAAAACAUGGCUAGCAUGCAUUCAAAUGCGGACAGUGCUUCCAAACUAACGUUAUUGGACAGUUUGAAUUUACCGAGACAAGAUUCUACCGGUCAGAGAAAGGCCAUCAAUCCUUCUGGUUGCAAUACUGUUAUUGAUAGAGCUGUUAUAGAGGGACAAGCUGCAUGUAGCAAAUAUCAAAACUCAAAUUCAAGCUCAUCAAGGCUGUUAGCUUCUGUAAUUGCUUCAAGUCAAUCUUCAGACACCUUAGCUUCUGUGAAUUAUAAAGAUGCACCAAACUCAGCCCGGAAGGCACUCUCAUUAACACUAUUUGCAGCAAAGUAUGAAUCAAAAGUGAAAACGAAUCAGUCUGUUAGUUCUCUCGGCCUCAGUGCUGAGGUUGGUAAGGACACUAAUAGUAUUACAAUUAGAAGUUCCCAAAAUGAUUUGGCAAAAGCUUCAAAAAUUCUUGACUUCUUGUCUGGCGAUGGUAGUAAGACUAAGCUGUAAAGGGUAAAAUCCAGGUUGGUUGGGACUGGAUCCGAUGUCUGAUCGGCUUAAGUAAAGCGCAGAUUUAUUAAUAAUAAAAAAAAAAAGUAAAGCACAGAUUUUUUGUGGUAAAGACAUUCUUUGGUACCGUACCUCCUCUUUUGUCGUUCAAUGGCACAAUGUUGUAUUCAUGCAGCUUGUUUUCAGAAUCAGAUUGAUUAUGAUGGCUGCAUUGUGAAUGUGAGGUCCAUGAUUAUGAUCACUUGAGAUCUUUGCUUUGAAGGGACUCCAGAUGGGUUUUCUACGUUGAGGUUUUAUAUACUGAUUUAUUGAGAAGCCAGUUACAUGUGACUGGUCUUAAAACUGAUCUCCUGGUAAUUGCCUUGGUUAGCUUCUUUUCAGUAGUUACAUCGCAUCCCAUUAAUUCUAAGUUUAGUAUUGCCAUUAAAGGGAAAGAAGAUUAUUGCAGCAAUGGUUUUAUAGACGUAUCCACCUUCUUCAUCCUUGCAUCUAUUUUCUUGAAUUUGCUACCUGCCAACUUGUGAUGGGAUCUUGAUAAUGAAGCAACCUUUUACUUGCCUAGUCAUUGCUUUGUUUUUCUUCUUUUUAUGCUUCAGCAAUUUGCGACUACCUGUUCAGGUUGCUUUUUCUAAUGAAAUUUGCUGCUCGUCUGAAUAUUAAGGGUGCAUGUCAGAUUAAUAUGAAGAGUGAUGCUAGGGACAAGUCCCAAAUGCACAAGCACGAGGCUUGUACAUUUGGGGCUUGUAUAAAUUAUUAUUCUAAAAUAUGAAAUCUUACUCGAUUUGUUACUUUGCUCAACAUUCUUUAAAAGCAAAAGAUUCUUACAUAGGUUCAAGUUUUGGCAAGUUCAUGAGGUUUUUGGAUUGAAGAUCCAAUGCUCAAAUUUACGGGAGGUGAAUUUUGAAACUGGAGCGUAUUAAGGCUGCAGGAUGCAGUUUGUAUGAAUGCAGUGCUCAACCGAAAAAGUCUCCUCAAAGCUGUAUUAAUAUUCCUGAUUCGUUUCUGUGAACAUGAUUUUCAGCUGGCUGUUGCUUGCAAAUGAUCCAAGUGCUCUUGGAUCUGAUGAGGACAAGGAAAAGCACCCAUGUUGAUGUUGUCUCUAUCCCGGGUAACUAAAUUGAGUAUUAUUUGCGGCAUAUGGUUGUAGUACUGAGUUGAAUUAUUUAUCUGUCAGCCUUUUGAUGCUUGCAAUUCAUGUGAAGGAAUUACGUAUGAUUUCUUUUAUACGUAAUAUACCAUGUAGGAA